UACACUAGUGUACUAGUUAUUUAGUGGGGUUUACACGAAAACUCGGUCGUCUCGUCUACCGGUUCUUCCAUAUUGUUCAUAUCUACUCCAACCUCUCUUCGUUUUGAUUUUACAAUAAUUUCUGGGGUCCUCUUCUCUACCUUUCCCCAGUUCCCACUGUCAGUAAAAGUGACCAGUUGCAAUGGCUGAAGCUAAUAACUCUGAUAUGGAAUCAAGCCAAAAGCCUCAAGUUGUGUAUCGAUGCAAGAAGUGUCGGAGAAUUGUUGCUGCAGGGGAGAACAUAGUUACCCAUAAUCGUGGCAAAGGUGAAUCAUCUUUCAAGUGGAGAAAGAGAAACGGUAACCAUCAAGAUGAGCCAACUGAAUGCACCUCCAUCUUUGUAGAGCCCAUGAAAUGGAUGGGAGCACCACUUGAAGAAGGUCAUGUGGAAGAGAGACUCCAUUGCAUCGGAUGCAAAGCGCGGUUGGGUUACUUCAACUGGGCAGGUAUGCAGUGCAACUGUGGAGCUUGGGUUAACCCUGCAUUUCAACUCCACAAAAGCAGGUUGGACGAGUGUCAUUUGUGAAGCGGUUUUUGUUAGAUUUUAGAUGCAUAUUAGCUUAACAUAGAUUUCCAAUUCAAUGCUACUAAUAUUUGUCUUUGUGAAUAUAAAUAUAUAUCGGAAUGCAUAGCAUAGUUUGCAUUAACAUGGGAAUUCUGUAGUAUUGUGAUCGAGUAUCUUCCUAUCCUAUACUUCUAUUCAUUAUUUCACUUAUGACCAACCUCACAUCUUGUAUUAAUUUAGUAUUGGUUUGAUUACCAACUUUCCAAUCAACUCCUCCUUACUAAUUCCAAGCUUGAAAUAAAUUUGUUUAUUCAACUUC